ACGGCUCUGCUGCUAGAGAGUUGGAUCAGUUCUAACAACCCGAGCAACGUUUCGGUCUCACCGGAGAGGUUUUACCGGCGGGACGCUCCUUCUCUCUGUCGGCAGCCCAUCAUGGAGGUUUCAUUCCACACCUCUGGACAGCAGAAACUCAAGUCCCUGAUUUUAAUUUACUUCUUCAUCGGAAACAUUAAAGCUGAAUGUCCCCAACCGGAGGCUUAUGAGAAUACAAUCCCAAGCGACCAGGCACUUCUUCUGAAUGAGUUCCCAGAAGGGUCGGAGAUCACAAUAGAAUGUGGAAAUGGAUAUUUUAAAGAAAGCGGCUCUGACAUCGUAAGAUGCAUCAGCGAUAAAUGGACGGAACCAGAGCUCAUCUGUAAAAAGAAGGACUGUGGUCCCAUUCAGCCACAGCCGCAUAUGCACUUUGAUUUCAGUGAAGGUACCCUCUUUGGUGCUAAAGCAAAAUUAUCCUGUGAUGACGGUUACACGAUUAGAGGAUUGAGCUUUGCACGAUGCUACAAUGCAGGGUGGAGGUUUUCUUCAGGGUGUGAGAUUAUUACAUGCAGCAGACCAUCUGAAGUGGCCAAUGGCAGAAACUCUUGGAACUCUGAAGAUGUUCCAAAAAUGGGAGAAAUCAUAAUUUACAGCUGUGAUAAAGGAUACUCCAUCAAUGGAAAUGGCCAAAUUGAGUGCCUCAACAGUGGUGAAUACAAUUCUCAACCUCCCGAGUGCAUAGGUGUGACUACAGAAGAUACAUUUACUACAAAAUCAAUAACAUCAGCUCCUGCAUCAACAGAACAAGCUUUCACAUCUGCAGCUCACAGAGUAACAAAAAUCACAGCCAGUGCAUCCCCAACUACCUCGGCAUCAGAACGAGGUGUGACUACAGAAGAUACAUUUACUACAAAAUUGGUAACAUCAUUUCCAGCAUCAACAGAAGCAGAAACAUCAUAUUCUUCAGGAUCAUUUUCAACAUCUGCAGCUCACAGAGACACAGCCGUCCCAGCCAGUGCAUCCCCAACUACCCCGGCAUCAGAACGAGAAAUUCCUCCUGAGAUUGUAAACCCAAACAAGGAUAACAUGGUCUUAUUUGUUACAACCAGCAUGUUAGCUUGUUUACUGGUUUUUUUGGUAGUUGGGCUGAUUUUAUGGAGGUUUCUCCUGAGGAGGAAAGGCUCUACAGCUGGAACUGCCCCCAUCUGAUCAAGCUUCUGUCACCAAAGAUGAAAAGCAAACAUGGAGUGAGUUUCCAGUAAAUGGAGGAAAUGGCAAACUCACCAUUCAAACCCUCAGAACUCUUAUUUUUGCACCUUGAAAUUGAAAGUCACCAAAAACUGCUGAAUGUUAUAUUUAUUUAAGAACACACAUCAAAGUCUCAUCUGACCUGCAGCCGCAUGUCUUAGACACUCGGGUGAAGAGAGGGGCGGAGUUGUCAACUGACCACUACCUGGUGAUGAGUUGGCUUCGAUGGCAGGGGAGGAUGCCGGUCAGGCCUGGCCGGCCAAAUGUAUUGUGAGGGUCUGCUGGGAAUGUCUGGUGGAGUCUCCCGUCACAAGUAAUUUCAAUUCCCACCUCCAACAGAACCACCAAAACGUUCCGGGGGAAGCAGGAGACAUUAAGUCCGAGUGGGCCAUGCUCCGUGCUUCCACUGUCAAGGCGGCCAACCAGAGCUGCAGCCACAGGGUUGUUGGUGCCUGUCGUGGUGGCAAUCCCUGAACCGACUGGUGGACACCAAUGGUCACGGAUUCCUUGAAGCUGUACAGAAAUCUUGCUCUAUGGUCUCACCCAACUCCUCUCACGCAUUUUCCCUCUGCGACCACCUAAGGUGUCCACCAGUUGGUACCCAUCAGUUGCCUCUGGAGUCCCACAGGCCAAAAACACCAAUAGGACUCUUUCUUCAGCUCCACCAUCCAGCACCUCAGGAGGGGGAAGCAGUGCGCUAUAUUGUUUAAAGUGGGGACAGUGUCCUGCUGACCUCUACUCAGCCCAUUGUGGAUUGGUGGGCCGAGUGCCUUGAAGACCUCCUCCGUCCCAUCGGCACGUCUUCCAGUGAGAAAACAAAGUCUGAGGACUGUUGGGCUUUUCAAUCUCUGAUGAUAAGGUCACUGAGGUGGUCAAAAAACUUAGUGGCAAGGGUCUGGGGGUGGAUGGAUCCACCCAGAGUUCCUUAAAGCUUGGUUUAUGCUUGACGCAUUCACUUUCCGCUUGGUGAUGCGGCUCGCGGAUGGAACACGCUUCACAACUCGCAGCGUUUAUGGUUCGUGCGGUGAGCCAAUAUUCUCCCAAACUGUAGGGGGCAGCAUGGAGCUCUACGGCAUGCAGCCAACGCUACACCUUAGUAGAAGUAAAAAUGACUGUUUACAACAUGGCAUUUCAGCAUUUUUAAUAGCGUCCUCAUCUUUUCCGACAGUGCGAGCUAUUUCUCUCCAAGAAUUAUUAACAACAUGUUGAUCACGGUGAUCUCUGAGAGCUGAAUCAUACAAAUGUCUGUAUUUACGAACCUCUGCCAUACUAGUUCUUGCCGGUCCGCCAUGUUUUUCCACGUCCGACUGUCCGCGUGGUUAGAAAUGUUCCUAGGUGCGCGUUGCGGAAAUUUUGGGCCGUGCGGAGACGCGGUGGAGGGGCAUGGUUGUUAAAAUGACGCAAUUUCUCCGUGCGGAGCUGUGCGGACCUCGCGGACGCAUCAAGCAUAAACCAUCCUAAAGGGUCUGGAUGUUGUGUUGACUGUAUGGGGUACCAGGCCCUCUGAUACCGGCUGCUAGGUCCCUGUAUGACCGGUGUCAGAGCUUUGUCCAAAUUGCUGUCAGUAAGUCGGGCUUAUUUCUUGUGAGAGUUGGAGUCUACCAAGGCUGACCUUUGUCACCGAUUCUGGCCAAAACCUUUAUGGACAGGGUUUCUAGGCACAGCCAACGUCUUGAGGGGACCUGUUUUGGUGGCCAAAGGAUUGAGUCUCCGCUUUAUGCAGAUGAUGGGGUCCUUUUGGCUUCAUCAGAACGUGAUCUUCGGCUCUCACUGGAGAGGUUUGCAGCUGAGUGUGAAGCAGCUGAGAUGAGAAUCAGCUUCUCUGAAUCUGAGACCAUGGUCUUGAGUCGGAAACAGGUAGAAUGCCUUUUGCAGGUGAGGGAUGAGAUCCUGUCUCAAGUGGAGAAGUUUAUGUAUCUGAUGGCUUUGUUCAUGAGUGAGGGAAAAAUGGAGCGCAAAAUCGACAGGUGCCUUGGUGCUGCAUCUACAGUUGUAUCGAUUAAUCGUGAUGAAGAGAGAGCUGAUCCAGAAGGCAAAGCUCUCCAUUUACCGGUCGAUCUAUGUUCCUUCCCUCAUCUAUGAUCACGAGCUUUGGGUAGUGACCAAAAGAAUGAGAUUGCGGAUACAAGCGGCCGAAAUGCGUUUUCUUCGCAGGGCGGCUGGACUCUCCCUUAGAGAUAGGGUGGAAAACUUGGUCAUUCAGGAGGGGCUCAGAGGAGACCCACUGCUACUCCACAUUGAGAGGAGCCAGUUGAGGUGACUCAGACAUCUGGUAAGGAUGCCUCCUGGAUGCCUCCCUGCAGUUUUCCAAGCACGUCCAACCGGGAGAAGACUUAAAGGGAAGACCCAGGACACGCUGGAGGGACAAUGUCUCUCAGCUGGCCAGGGAUCGCCUUAGGAUUCCCUCAGAGGAUCUGGCCCAAGGGCAGCUAUGGCUACAUUGUAGCUCAUCACCAUCAGUGUGUGAAUGGAUGAAUUAUACACUGUAGUGUAAAGCGCUUUGGAGUCCUCUGCUGUCUGCGGGUAAUUUAUCAUUUAUCACAUGCUUAGGCUGCCCCCGUGACCCGACCCCAGAUGAGCGGCCGAAAAUAGACGGAUGGAAGAAUGGACACAUCAAAGUCCAAUAAAGAAAAUAACUUUUGUGUAUUUUUUAUCAAAUCCCCAAAGAAAGAAAAUAAGAUAUGUUGAUCACAUGUAUUUUGUAUGUAAUUUAUAUUCUAUGUUCAUAUACAAAACUAUUUCAAAUAAUGUUUUUGUGUGUGACGAAUAACUGCUCUGUGUUUUUUUAUGUCAGUUUGUGUUGUGAAGAAUCUGAAGCCUGUAUGUUUUCGUGUUAUGUGGAUUUUUAUCAGAACAGAGACAAAGCCGAAAAUAGAAGACACACAAUGUGGUUCAUUCAGUUUACGGACUGCAUCGGUGAUGGGUAAAGAUACAAUCUGUUGAGCUACUCGCCUCCGGACUUCCUCUUCGUCAUUGUCUGUUGUCCGGGUUGUCUUUGAGUAAGGCUGCUACACAAUAAGUCUCCUUUCAUUUGAAGAAUGCAGUCAUUUUCGGCCCUUCAAUCAAAUUCCAAAGUUUUUUAUAGAAAAUUUGACAGGAGGUUGAAGAAUAAAUGUUAAUAUGGUUUUAUUACAUAUAUGUUUAUGUAUUAAAUGAAGCUUAUAUUUAUGUAAUAUUUAAAAACAAGUGUUAAACGAAUGCCAAAGCCUUAAAAGCAGAGAUUUUUACUCAGCAGGGCGAAAAAUGAUCAAUGAAUGCCGUCUCUGUCUCGACAAAGUAGGAUAAAAGUAUGAUCCCGCAGAGAGUGUGGACCAGCGCAGAGUAAAGCCAAGUUCGCACGGCUUCUUUGUACCCUUGUCAUGACAGAGGUUAAUUUAUUUGGAGCCAAUAAAAAGAAUUUCUUGAAUCUAGACAACUUUCAUCCUGCUGCCUUAUUUUUGCUGUAUAAAGAUUUGUUUCACUUAGAUGAUGAUUUGUGUGAAAAGCAUGGGAACUGGUGAUUUCAGUCUCUGAGUCUAUUUGAGUUAUGAGGAGUGACAGUUAACUAAUGAAGAAGAGGAGGUUGUUCUUCUCCAAAUGCCUUGACAACUGCAUUUAUAUUUGUGGGAGUCAUCUCUUAUCCGUCUCUGUCAGGUCCCUAAACCACUCGUCUUCUUUAGACACUGGAAAACAUUUGGAUCGGGUUCUAAAAGCCUUGAUCUUCAGAUAGUGAAGCCAUCUGAAGAUUAUUAACCUGGAAAAUACUGAGAAGAUCUAAAGAAACAUCUGACCAAUGCUUUGAUGAGUUUUUUAUGCAGGCAGAAUAUGAAAAUAGUCUCCUACACCUAUCUCCUGCAUUAGCUUCUGACAGAAAAUUGACGGUGAAACUCUAGGAUUUGAAAAUCCUGACAGAUCUACAUCACACUGUCACUUAACAUUCAAGGACUCUCCCAUCUUGAUUAAUGGUAAUAAUAAUAAUAAUAACAAUAAUAAUAAUAAUACAUUUUAUUUAACAGCGCCUUUCAUGACACCCAAGGACACUUUACAACAAUGGGGAAAGUAGUAAAACAAGAUAAACAGUACAGAAAUAUGUAAAAACACUAGGAUGCUGAAAUGUAAAACAAUGUAUUAAAACUGUGUGGUAAAAGCCUGUGUGAA